CUUCCUCUUCCGCAUCAUUCCUUGGAGGAGGGUGACUCGCUGAGAGGCUCUCUCGCUUUCUUGCCAGGGUGGAAGCAUCAGCAGGAAGAAAAAGAGGAUGCGAAUAAGAGCACUCUGGACAACUGAGAAUAACAAGCAACAUUGAAAAGGAAACCAAAUCAAACCAGAAAUAAAAAUAUUUUCCAUGUCCUUCAGAAAAACCACACAACUCUUCUCCUUGCACAGCAGAUAAUAGACAAAAGGGAAAAAAAUCAAGAAAAGAUUUCAAACUGUAAAAGUAGAGAAUGCGAACACAAGAAUACAAACAUGAAAAGGAGAUUAUUUUUCCCUUCAGGGAGAUAGGGAAAUAUCUAGAAGUCAGUGGGGAGAAAAAGAACAUUUGGGAAUCCACAGCAGGCAGACAUAAUGCAGGUCUCGCCCUGGGAGCAAGAAAAGAGUAGCUUCAACCAAAGCAACACUAAACAAGGGAUCACACAUCAUUUUGACGUCCUCAAGAAUAUCAAUGGUGGAAAAGCUCCACUGAUGAGUAUAUUAUGGGAAAGAUGCAGAUUUCAAAUCACAGAUAAUUAUAAACAAAAUGAUCCACAUCGGAGAAAUGCCGUACAAAUACUCUGAAUGUAUCAAAAGCCUUUCUCAGAAAAGCUCAGGAGAAGGACCCACAAAGGAGAGGAACUGUACAAAUGUUCCCAACAUGAUAAACGAUGUGCGAACAUGGCCGCUUGGUGAUACAUUAUAGGACUCACACCAUGCAGAAACCCUUUGAAUGCUCUGAUUAUAGGAAACAUUUUAGUCACAACUUCAGUCUAGUGAUACACUAGAAGAUGCACACAGAAAAGAAAUCAUAUGAGUGUCCAGAUUGUGGGAAAAGUUUCAUUGCAAAUUCCCACCUUGUGAGACACCAGAGGACUCACACAGGAGAAAAACCAUUUGAAUGUCCUGAUUGUGGGAAAAGUUUCAGUCAGAAUUACGAACUGGUGAUACAUCAAAGGAAUCACAUAGGAGAGAAACUAUUUGAAUGUACUGAUUGUGGGAAAAGUUUCAGUCGGAAUUCUAGCCUGGUGAUACACCAGAGGACUCAUACAGGAGAGAAACCGUUUGAAUGUCCUGAUUGUGGGAAAAGUUUCAGUCAGUAUUCCAGCUUGCUGAUGCACCAGAGGACUCAUACAGGAGAGAAACCGUUUGAAUGUCCUGAUUGUGGGAAAAGUUUCAGUCAGUAUUCUAGCCUGGUGAUACACAUAAGGACUCACACAGGAGACAAACCCUUUGCAUGUGCUCAUUGUGGGAAAAGGUUCAGUCACAGUUCCAGUCUGGUGACACACCAGAGGACUCACACAGGAGAGAAACCAUUUAAAUGUCCUGAUUGUGGGAAAAAUUUCAGUGAAAAUUCCAACCUGGUGAAACACCAGAGGACACACAUGGGUGUGAAAGCGUAUGAAUGUCCAGAUUGUGGUAAAAAUUUCAGUCAGAAUUCCUACCUGGUGAAACACCAGAGGACUCACUCAGGACAGAAAUCAUAUGAGUGCCCAGAUUGUGGGAAAAGUUUCAUUAGAAAAUUCCAGCUCACAAGUCACCAGAGAAUACACACAGGAGACAAACCCUUUGAAUGUACUGAUUGUGGGAAACGUUUCAGUCACAAUUCCAGCCUGGUGAGACACCAGAGGACUCACACAGGAGAGAAAUGUUUUGAAUGUGCUCUUUGUGGGAAAAGUUUCAGUCGGAAUUCCAGCCUGGUGAUUCACCAGAGGACUCACACAGGAGAGAAACCGUAUGAGUGUCCAGAUUGUGGGAAAAGUUUCAGUCACAAUUCCAACCUUAUGAAACAUCACAAGACUCACACAGGAGAGAAACCCUUUGAAUGUCCUGAUUGUGGAAAAGGUUUCAGUCAGAAUUAUGAACUGCUGAUACACCAGAGAAAUCACACAGGAGAGAAACCAUAUGAGUGUCCAGUUUGUGGGAAAAGUUUCAGUAAAAAUUCCAACCUGGUGAACCAUCAGAGGAUUCACACUGGAGAGAAACCAUAUGAGUGUCCAGAGUGUGGGAAAAUGUUCCGUCAGAAUUCCCAUCUGGUGAAACACCAAAAAACACAUACAGGAGAGAAACCUUUUGAAUGUCCUAUUUGUAGGAAAAGUUUUAGUCGGUACUGCAGCCUGGUGAACCACCAGAGGACUCACACAGGAGAGAAACCUUUUGAAUGUCCUGAUGGAAAAUGUCCUAUUUGUGGCAAAUGGUUCAACCAGAAUUCCAACAUGGUGAUUCACCAGAGGACUCACACAGGAGAGAAACCCUUUGAAUGUCCUGUUUGUGGCAAAAGUUUCAGUCAGAAUUCCAGCCUGGUGAUACACCAGAGGAUUCACAUGGGAGAGACCUGUCAAAUAUCCAAUUUGUGGAUGGUACUUCAGGUGUGAAUCACCCCUUUUUCAACACAAGGAAUGCGACAUGAGACAAAAGUUGAUGAAUUUAGAGAAGGCUUCAUUUUCAUUUCUGAUCUCCCAUUGAGACUGUAGGUGAGAAAUUGACUAUUUGAAUUCUGGCCUAAUGCCAGAAUAAAUAAAAAUAAAACAAGGAUAGAGAAAACA